CACCUCGUAUAGCCUGAAAACAGCGACAGCAGCGGCAUCACGUUUGGAACUCAGGAACCAUUUCCACGACUAGUACACAAUAAACCCGCACGGAAAACAUCGUAGUGGCCAUAAGAAAAACAGGAAUAAAAAGCAAAGAUUGCGGAACAAGUACUGUCGGUUUUUUUUACAGCUAGCUGGAGCGGAUGUCAAGUCGAGUAAUUGGCAGUAAAAGAUGGCGUCAGACAUGGUUACAUCAAGCGCCACAUCAGACAACAAUUUGGUGGAUAGACAAGAGCGAAAAUUGCAGAGAAAAUUGCGGACAGCAGGGCAACCUUAUGUUUCUCGCUCUGGAAAAUUAAUCCCUGCGAAAAAACAGCCAGAAAGCCUUUGCAACUGCCCACAGCGUUGCGAUGAAAAAAUCCCAAUAAAUGCAAGAAUACGGCUGUUUGAAGAGUUCUACAAGUUGGCAGACCACAUAAAGCAAAAUGACUUUCUCAUGGCGCACAUUGAGAUGAGAGCGGUCCAGAGACGCUCGUUAGAACUGAAGAAGAGAGAGAGACGAGUGAGCUGCAAGUACCAAGUGCCUAUUCUUACCAGCAACGACCCCCCUAUCAAAGCAGGACCAAGCCCGAAGGGGGUGAAAAUAGCAGAAGUAUGCCAGAAGGCAUUUAUGCACAUCUAUGCCAUUACUGAGAAACGGGUCCGUCUACAGCGCGAGAAACUGAUCUCAGAGCUUUCUUUCCCACCACCAGUACUCCCUCCACCCAAAGUUGAAAAUAAUAAACCCUCCGUGAUGUUAAGCGAUGUGUUUAUCAAAGAUCUCAUUAACUCCUCUCAUGUCAUGCAGUAUGCACAACUGAAUGCAGCCCCAACAGCUCAGAGUGAGUACAUCAGAAACCUAGACAAGGACAUUGCCCUGGUUGAUAACUUCUUCAUGAACCAGCUGUGGAAGCCAGAGCUCAUCAACACUCCAACAUAGCUGACGUACUUCCUACAUACUUGUGAUACAAGCUGCCACAUGUGGUUAGCAACAACCUACUUCAAGUGAUACCGUGGAGGUGGCUCCAUGCAACAGUAUUAUUUGUUUAUACUGGUCAACAAAAUAUACGUAAUUACUCAGGAAUAAUACUUACUAUACAGGUGGUUUGUGUACAAUUUAGUGAAGUAAUUGUAAUAUAUCAAUUUUUUAAUCAAUUUUAAGGUAAUUUAAUAUGUAAAUAUACAUAUUUAUAUACAAUGAAACAAUAUUUUUGUUACAAUAUUUAUUUUCUACAUGUUGUUUACACAUGCUCUACCAGGGCUGAUAAAUGCACUCAUGUACAACUGUACUUACUUAAGAUAAUAAAAUUUUUACAUGGGA